GCACUCGAGGAAGUUUCGGGUCAGUGUUGUCUGCAUCUUUACCAGCGAAGAGCCCGCCACAUCUCUCGCUUCCGUGGACUGUGAACUUGGGACUGCUGCCCUUCUUUGUCAUCCCCGUUUUUUCAUUGGGUGUUGUGCUGUCCUUCUUUGUCAGCAUUGAAGUUCUUCUUUUCGAAGUCUUUGGACAAGGAGAUAAGGAUUUCGCCCGUUGGUUUCCUUUGUGUUGUUGUCUUCUUCGUUUGUGCCCCACGAGUAUGCGUUGUACGCUGUACGACCUUCAGAAACAGGAGAAGGAGGAAGAAGAGGAAGAAGACGAAGAGGAAAAUGAGGAGGAGAGAGAUGAUGAUAAUGCUGAAAAAGAGAAAGAGGAAGAAAAUGAAGACGAUGUAGAAGAAGAAGAAGACAAAGAAGAGGAAGAAAACGAAGAGGAAAAGGAGGAGGAGAGAGAUGAUGAGAAUGAUGAUAAUGAGAAAGAGGAAGAAGAGGAAGCAGGCGAAGGGGAGAGAGAGGAAGAAGAGGAAGGAAGCGAAGAGGAGAAAGAGGAAGAAGCGGAAGAAGACGAAGAGGAAAAUGAGGAGGAGAGAGAUCAUGAUAAUGCUCAAAAAGAGAAAGAGGAGGGGGAAGAAGGGGAUGAGGGAGAAGAGAAAGAUGAGGAAAAAUAUGAUAAUGUGGAAGAUGAAGUGAAAAAAGAGGACAAACGAAAAGAGGAAGAUGAGGAAGAGCAAGAUGAAGUCGAUAAUGCGAAAGAGGAGGAAGAAGAGGAUGAGGAUGAAGUAGAAGAAGAUGAAAAUGAAGAAGAGGAUGAAGAAAAAGUGAACGAGGUGCUUGAAGAGGGAGAAAUGGAGGAGGAAAAAUACAAUGAGGAAGGAGAGGAAGACAAGGAAGAGGAAGAAAAAGAGGAGGAACAUUACGACGAGGAAGGAAAGGAAGACAAGGAAGACGAGGAGGAUAACAAUGUAGAAGAAGGUAAAGAAGAGGGUGAGAGGGAAAAUGUAAAUGAGGAGGCGUUAGACAAUGAAAAUGAUGAAAAUAAGAAUAAGAAAGAAAAAGAGGAGGAAAAAGAGGAAGUGGAAGAAGAGGAAGAUGAUGGAUAUGAAGAAGAGGGAGAAAAUGAAAAGGAUAAGGACGAAGAGAAAGAUAAGGAAGGGGGGGAUGAUGAAAACGAUAAAAGAAGGGAAAAGCAAGAGGAGGAAGAAGAGGAUGAGGAUGAAGAGGAAGCUGAGGAAAUGGACGAUAGUGAAAGUGGAGAAGUAGAAGUUGACCUUCAGCAUUUCGUACG